AUGAUACACAAAAGAGAUAAAUCAAAUGAAAAUGAAAAUAACAACAAUGUUGUUGAUCAACAACAGCAACAAAAACCAACUACACCACCUGUAAAAGUAACUCUCUAUGAUAAUAUGGCGCAAAAACAAGCUUUGGAUGACUCCAUUGUUAAAUAUUUUACAGAGGAAUUAAAGUUUAACCAAAAUCAAACAGUCAAUUAUAUUAAAGUAGCACUAGGACUUGUAGGUUGUAUUCUAGCGGCUGUUUCUCAAUUCUAUCCAGAACCAUUCCCAAAGAACAAACCAAUUCUAAUCGUUUGUGUAUUUUUGUAUUCAUUAAUUACUUUGGCACUCUAUUAUAUUGCAUUGUAUGUUCAAAAGGAAGUGAUCCUCUUUGCCUCAAAAGAUAAUGUCGAUCUACAAAUCAGUACAAACCUCCCAAGAUUCGAUCCAAAAUAUACAAUGAAGAUCGACUAUGGAAAGAUUGAACAAACCGUAUCUAAACCAAUCAAUAACUAUUUUGAUGUCAACGGUGUAUUUGUUGAGUCUCUAUUCUUUAAGGAUUUAAAUAAGAUUUAUUCAACCAUCUCUUCAAAGAAAUCUUAA